AUGACUGCCAUGAAAUCUCAUAAAAUCUACACACUGGCUCAACUUCGAUCAGGGGAGAUUGUCUACAAGAGUAAACUAAGAGAAGAAGUUCCUAAGUGUUGCAAGCAUCCAGAUCAGAAUCUGAAUGUCUACUGCAACUCAUGUGAGCAAGUCAUAUGCACAACAUGCUCUGUACUUGAUCAUGCAAAACACUCACUCACUGGAUUACCUGAGGCAGUAGAGAAAUGUAAGAAGAAGGUUGCAGAAAUGGUCCAAAAAAGUGAAAGCAGAAGAGCAGAAUUGAGCACCACCUUAGAAGAGACGUCCGAAUCUCUUAAGGAACUGGACACCAUGUUUGCAAACACUCAAAAGAAAAUCUCCAAGAAGGCUGAACAGGAGAUUAGGAAGACCGAUCAGGAGAUUAGGAAGACCAAACAGGAGAUUGUAAAGAUCCAACAGGCGGUUGCAAAGAUCGAACAGAGGAUUUCAAAAAUCCACAAGGAAGAACAGAAAUUAAUGAAAGAGAUGGACAGAAUUUAUAAAGACAGAGUCAGAACAAUUGAAGCUACUCAAGCUACCAACAGGAAAGAGGUGACACAGUCAGAGCACAAGCUGGAGGAGAGUGAUGAGGAUGAUGACAAUAAUGAGGAGGAGUAA